AUGUCGCGCCGACCAGCAAAGGGCGACUACAUCGAGACGGACACCGGCAACAAGGUCGCCCGCAAGGCCGUCCUCGUCGGCACGCAAAACAUCGUCCUCGGCGGCAAGACCGUCAUCCAACCCGACGUCAUGAUCCGCGGCGACCUCGUCCGCCCCGCCUCCUCCUCCACCUCCAACGGGCCCAACACCGCCGUCUCCAUCGGGCGGUACUGCUUCCUCGCCCGCGGCGCCGUCCUGCGCCCGCCCGGCCGCCUGCACCGCGGCGCCUACGCGCACGCGCCGCUGCGCCUCGGCGACCACGUCUUCGUCGGCGCGGGCAGCGUGGUGCGCGCCGCCAGCGUCGGCAGCCACGUGCACGUCGGCGCCGGCUGCAGCGUGGGGGAGUUCGCCAUCAUCAAGGACUACGUGCGCGUGCUGGACGGCGCGGUGGUGCCGCCGUUCGCGGUGGUGCCUGGGUUUUCGGUGGUGGCCGGCCGGCCGGCGAGGGUGGUGGGCGAGGUGCCGGAGGGCGCGCAGGAGGCCUUUGAGCUGAGGGAGCUGUACAAGACGGUGGGCAACAACCCGCAGACGCCGCCGUGA